AUGGAGCCCACUGGAAUCAAGGACCAGGAGUCAAAGGCUCAGGAUCGAGUGUCCAACUACAGCAUCAAGGAGUCCAAGGUGGCUGGUAACGACAUGUCACUGGCGGAUACAGAAAUUAUCGCAGCCCUCCAGAGCUACGUCCCAAACACGGCCGAGGAGAGGCGACUUGUCAGAAAGGCUGACAUGGUUCUGUUGCCACUUCUCUGGUGGAUGUACAUUCUUGCAUACCUUGACCGAGGCAAUAUUGCCAAUGCCAACGCUGCCGGCAUGAGUCAGGAUCUCGGACUCAGCGAAAACCAAUACUCUCAGCUCGUGUCUCUUUUCUUCGUCGCCUACGUUCUAUUCGAAGUCCCCUCCAAUAUGCUCUUGAUGAAGAUCAAACCCUCCAUCUACUUGCCUACCAUCUGUGUUGUCUGGGGUAGUGUCAUCAUCGAAAUGUCCCAAAGCAAGACCCCUGCUGCCUUCCUUGCCGGCAGGUUCUUCCUCGGUGCUAUUGAGGCCGGUCUCUUCCCUGGUGCCCUGUUCCUUCUUACCUGCUGGUACACCAAGAAGGAAGUUGGGAAACGAUUCUGUAUCUUUUACACUUCCGGCUGUGUGGCACCCGCUCUCGGUGGUAUCAUGGCAGGAGCCGUAAUUUCUCGGCUCGAGGGCGCGCGUGGAAUCCCAGGCUGGAGAUGGCUGCUGCUUAUUGAGGGUGUUGUUACCGUCGCCUGCGGAUUCGGCCUUUAUUUCGUGCUGCCCGACUACCCUCGCAACUCUCGCAUGCUGACUCCCGAGCAAAGAAUCCUGGGCCAUGUUCGCAUCCUAGCCGAUCGAAACGAAACUGUUCAACGUAAGGAGGAUAACCUGACCCCACUGCAAGCCGUGGCAGUCACUCUCAAGGACCCCAAGACCUGGCUUUUCUUGGCUCUCUAUACCUGCAAUAUCCUCGGUCUGACUAUCUCGUACUUCAUCCCCACCAUGCUUAAGGGGCUUGGAUAUAGUAGCAUCAAUGCCCAGUGGAUGACUGUUCCCAUCUGGGCGUGCGGUGCUGUUUUCCAGCUCGGCUGGUCAUGGACCUCUGACAAGACUGGAGACCGCAGAUGGCAUAUCACUGGACUGCUUUCUCUCUCUGCCAUCUCCUGCCUCAUCGCCAUUGUCGUCCAAAACAACACUGUUAAGUACGUCAUGAUGUGCUUCCUCAUCGGAGGCAUGUUCACCACGGUACCCCUGAUCCUCAACUGGACUAGUGAGGUCAUGGCCAAACCUGAGAGAAAGCGCUCGAUUGCCAUCGCCUUUGUCAACUCCUUCGGCCACACCAGCUACAUCUACGGAAGUUACCUGUGGCCCGCGUCGGAGGGUCCCCGUAACCUGAAGGGAUUUGCGGCUUCUAAUGCCGUCCUCGGCGCCGCUGCCAUCCUUGCCGCAAUUCUGCCCAUCAUUUUCAAGUAUCUGCCGAGCCAGGAGGCAGAUGUGGUGCAAAGACUAGACCAGGAGAAUUGCCCCCCAGAGACCGAUAACAGCCAGAAGAAAUAG